UAAAAUUUGUCACUUGAGUCAACAGAAUCUACUUUACAGGCUGAAGUACAGCACGCUUAUAUCCUGCUCGCUUCGUUGCUGUGUCCAUCUUCAAUAUAUGAUUAUUACAGAGAGUGAAGAAGUGCUUCAUUAUGCCUGUUUGAUCUGUUAAUAGUGCUAACGCUGGAUAAACUAGCUGCAGCUAACUGCAGGAACAUCGAUUUGACACAAGAGCAGGCUAUAAAACGCUUUCCAUAACGUUCUGAUACAGAGCAUAACACCAUGGGCAUACUAGAGCAGUGUGAAGAACUCUUCAAGACUUCGAAUCUUUACGAGGUUCUUGGCGUCACAAAGGAAGCGGCAGAAUCAGAGAUCCGACGUGGCUAUUAUAAGGUGUCACUUCAGGUACAUCCCGACAGAGCUCCAGGAGAUGAAUUAGCGACUAAGAAGUUUCAGAUUCUAGGCAAAGUGUAUGCUGUAUUGAGUGACAAGGAUCAAAGAGCCAUUUACGACGAGCAGGGUGUAGUUGAAGAAGAGACGGACUCAAUGAAUCAAGAACGAAACUGGGAGGAGCACUGGAGGCGGCUAUUUCCAAAGAUCACUUUACAGGACAUCAUGGACUUUGAGAAGAAGUACAAGGGCUCAGAGGAGGAGACGCAGGACCUGAGUCGUCUUUACCUGCAGCACGAGGGCGACAUGGACAGAAUCAUGGAAUCAGCUUUGUGCUGUAAUGUGGAAGAUGAGCCACGCAUUAAAGACAUUUUACAGAGCGCCAUCGACGCUGGGGAUUUGCCCGCCUACAAAGCUUUCACUCACGAGAGUGCCAAAAAGAAAAAUAACCGCAAGAGAAAGGCAGAGAAAGAGCGACGGGAGGCUGAGGAGAUGCAGAGGGAGAUGGGGCUGAACAGUGAGGACAGCCUGGUGGCAAUGAUCAAACAAAGGCAGAAAUCCAAAGAGAGCGGCUUUAACUCACUCAUCGCAGACCUGGAGGCUAAAUACUGCAAGAGUGGAGGAAAGGCUGGGUCUGGAAAACGAGGGAAGAAGAAGUGACUGUAGUUUUCUUUUGACAUAAUCUGCCUUUUCCACCUACAUAUUAGGCUGACAAUAAAAUGGUGAACCUUGGCCACACGAAGUUCGUAAGCCAAAUUCUGUUUUAUCCGAUGUGUGCGAAAUGAAUUUGUUUUGUAUAUAUUGUCACCUUACCACUGUUUAACAUGAAUCACCCUAAGGACAUCACGAUAAUAGACUGAGAUGUGUGAGCAUAAUUACACAGUUUGUUUUUGAGGAUUGUUGAUUUGGAAAAACAACACUUUAAAAAGUGGCACUGCACAACGAUCUGAAAGUGGUGUGAUUUAUACUGACCAUACCAUUUUUUCAGUUUUGCUGAAAACUCUGCAGUCGUUGAUGUCAGAAAGCACUUGAUAAACAGGUUGCUUUUGUUUUGAUUGUGUUAGGUAAAGUUCUGAAAACGGGAGAACCUGUCAAAAUUGCAAGGUCUUAUGUACCUAAAACAAAACGGGCUCUGUUCAGUGUAUUUUAUUUCAACUCACUAAUACUCUUUGGAAUUUUUGAAAAUUGUUUGCAUACAAU